UACAUACUACAUUUGUCAGGAAGACAUAACGGCAACUCUUAUUUGAAAUAAACAAAUAACAAAUUAAUUAAUAAUAAAGAUAAACAAAAGAUCAAUGUCAGAAGUCACAAUCAGUUGACUCUACAUCAGCACUGGCCUUGUAAUCCCAGCAGAUGGUUGGUCGAGCCACAUUCAGUCCAUGAAAAGCAGAAUUAGGAGCAUAUGCCUGCAGAUUUCAGUUUUUCAAAAAGAUGAUAAGCCAGAACUCUUAAUUAGUAAAAUAGGAUGUUGGACAACAACAGCACAAGGUUUCAACACGUUUAUACUUCUCAUUAUGAUAAAUGUAUUGACUUGUGCGAAUAUUCUGUCAUGUAUUAUGCUCUGUUUCCACUUUACCUCUUGUCACAUGUCCAAAAAGGCAAACACAAGUCAAGUCAAGUACAAGUUGAAAAAUCACUGAGUUAGUUUUGCCCCCUUUGGUCCCCCCAACUUGUGUACACAGCAUAGUGCUUGUUAUGAGCACCGUGUCAAGUGUCAUGCAGCCGGCCCAGUGCAGUUUGUGACGGCACUCCUGUUUUUCUGUCUCUAAACAUGUGACGUUUGAGCCAAGUAGGUUGUGCAAUACCCCAGAGAAGGUGCCCAUUGCACCUGAGAGAGUGUGGUGGAGAUAAGACAGGGGUUUACAUGCUGAUGAAAUACUCAACGGGCUCCAAAUGCACUAGGUGACCUCUGAUAAAUGAUUUAAAGGAAUAUACUAUUGGAGAUGUGGUUUUGAGUUUGAGGUCUCGGAGAAGAUGUUCAGCUGGGACGAGGAGUGGAACAUCUCUUUUGCGGGCUGUGGGUUCAGGAGUGUUUAUUACCUGGGAGCUCUGAGCUGUAUCCUUCAGGAGGUCCCGCGGCUCGUUCAUGGAGCCUCUAAAAUCUGCGGAGCUUCAUCCGGUUGUCUCGUGGCGGCGGCUCUGACAGUUGGGAUUCCCAUCGAACAGUUAUGUGUUGAUGUGCUGACCGUGGCGAAAGAGGCCAGAAAGCACACUCUGGGAAUUUUCCACCCGACCUUCAGUCUGCGGCAGACAGUGCAGGACGUCCUGCUGGAGAAGCUCCCGGCUGACGCCCACCGUCGGGCCUCUGGAAGGCUCUGCGUGUCCCUCACCAGACUGACUGAUGGGAAGAAUGUUCUGGUGUCAGAGUUUGACAGCAGAGAGGAGCUCAUUCAGGUUCUCAUCUGCAGCUGCUUCUUCCCUGUUUACUGUGGUUUCGCCCCACCUUCAUACCGUGGAGUGCGCUAUAUGGAUGGAGCCCUGAGCAACAACAUGCCCCUGUUCGAGCAGAGAAACACCAUCACUAUGGCCCCGUUCUCAGGCGAGAGCGACAUCUGCCCCAGAGAGGGCACAUUCAACUUCUUCGAGGUGCACUAUGGCAACGUUAGCAUCCAGGUCAACACUGGAAAUGUGCAUCGGGUCUGUACGUCCUUCCUCCCACCAAGACUUGAGAAGCUGGCUGAGAUUUGCCACAACGGCUACAUGGAUGCUCUUCGUUUCCUCAGAGAUAGAGAUCUGCUUGGAAAGCAACAUAUUCCCCCCAGUUUGGAGAUGGAAACAGACACAAUCAAAUCUUGCUGUGAGCUGGCGGAGUCAAAGAAGACGCCGCCAAAUGGACGUAACCUGCAUCAGGAGGAUCAUUGUUGGCUGGACCUGAAAGUCAUAGAAAACCUCCCACUGAGCUUCAAGAAAGUGCUGUGUGAGGCAUGCAGGAACACUCAUGAUGGCAGCAAGUUUCUGAAAGUGGUUAUGAAUCUGCUGAUCCUACUGAUGAUGCCCAUUGAGCUGACCGUUUUACUCAUCAAAAGCAUGAUACUGUCAGGCUGCUCAGUGAUUUUCAAACAGUUGACACUGACUGCAGUUUUCUGCAGGCAGACAUGGAGCAGUAGAUUUGAGGAUCUCAACAGCAGCAGAUCCUCUUACUCAGACAUCAGAACCCCAAAAAAUUAAACCUCUGUCCUCAACAACCACUCCAAAUUCCAAUGAAACUCUUCACUGGGACAACAACUGUAAUCUACUCCUCCUCUCCAUCACCCCUACAUCUGGAGGUCAAUCCAACUUCCAGACCAACAGAACACCUACAUGUGGCAAGGUGGCUUUAAACCACAGAACUCAGCCGACUCUUCAUCAAACAUAAACCAGAGAGAAAAAAGAUGUUUUAAUAAAUGUUAUGUAAUAUUUAUAAGUUGUAUUGUGCAAUAAAGUGGAUUUUCUCAA